AUGUUACACUACCAACGUUCACCUAUAUCGCCAAACCAAUCGAAUAAAUCUCAGCCUUCGAAAUAUAUUCCGUCUGAUACAGUAAUUCAAAAUAGAAACUCACAACCUUUGCAAUUGUACAAACCGCAGUCGCGUACUGAGAACCAAACCCCCACAACACCCGCCAUUCCUAAACAACCAACUACUUCGACAAGUUAUUUUUCGAUGCCUUUUGAUAAUAAACAGCGUCCAUUUAACUCAACCGUAAUACUAUCGACGGCACUCGUCAAGGUUCUUGACCCUUCAGGAUAUUUCGUGAUGGCACGCGCUCUCCUGGAUUCAGGAUCACAAUUGAAUUUCAUUUCGGAACAAUUAAUUCGGAAACUGCACGUAAAGCGAAUCAAGGAAUUCGUGCCAAUCAGUGGUAUUGGUUUAUCGUCUACCGCAUCCAAAUACUCAACAAUCGUUCGAGUUCAAUCGCAUCGAGCAGACGUGGAUGCUACCUGGAAAUUUAACAUCUUACCAAAAAUUACGAUGGAAUUGCCACAUCAAAAGAUUGAUAUUUCUCAUCUUGAUAUUCCAACUGAUAUUGUUCUCGCUGAUCCUUUAUUUAACGAAAGGAGCAAAAUCGAUUUAAUUAUUGGAGUAGAAAUAUUUUAUGACCUAUUACGAGAUGGUCAAAUUAAAUUUGGUCCAAACCAACCUCUGCUGCAGAACACCGCUUUAGGUUGGAUUGUUUCUGGAAGGGUUAGUAGUCAACACAUACAGCCAUCUAUAGCGAAUGUUGCUCAUGAGAGUAUUCCGUUUAUCGAACAACAAUUGGCACGAUUUUGGGAAAUCGAAUCGUGCCAAACGAAGAGUGUGUUAUCUAGAGAAGAAUCUCUCUGCGAAGAACACUUCGCCAAAACGACAGCACGAGACUCUUCUGGUCGUUUCGUCGUAGCUUUACCCAAGAAGGAAGCUGUUAUCUCCCGCAUUGGAAAUUCCAAGAAUAUUGCCAGUCGUCGCUUUAUGUCUCUUGAACGCCGUCUCCUCUCCAAUCCUGAAUUGAAGGAAGCUUAUUCGAAGUUUAUCCAUGAGUAUGCACAGUUGGGUCACAUGAAAUUGAUCGAUGAUGCUAACGAAUCUGGACAAUCUAUUCUUACCUACUACAUUCCCCAUCACUGUGUCGUGAAACCUGAUAGUAUAACGACAAAACUGCGUGUUGUUUUUGACGCUUCCUGUUCGUCAGACACGGGAGUUUCACUCAAUGAUACACUUAUGGUUGGACCUCAGGUACAAGACGAUUUACUGAGUAUUAUUUUGAGAUUUCGCAUACCACAGUUUGCUAUUAUCGAUAUUGAGAAGAUGUAUAGGCAAAUUCUCGUAGCAGAAGCUGAUCAACCGUUACAACGUAUUGUGUGGAGAGAUUCGCCAACUCAGCCGCUUCAAACGUAUCAAUUGACAACGGUCACUUAUGGUACCUCUGCAGCUCCAUAUCUUGCAACAAAAUGUCUGCAAAAAUUAGGAGAAGAUGGAUCAAUAAUUUAUCCAGAAGCCGCAGUGAUAAUUCGCAACGAUGUAUAUAUGGAUGAUUUGCUGAGCGGUGCAGAUAGCAUCAACAAGGGGAAAGAACUGUGCAGUCAACUAAUUGAACUGGCAAAUUCUGCUAGUCUUCAGUUUCGCAAAUGGGCCUCCAAUAGCCACGAAAUAUUAGAAUCAGUCCCAAUACACCUGAGGGAUGAACGCACUCUUUUUGAACUUGAUUCUUCAUGCGCAUCGAUAAAGACCCUUGGUCUAAAAUGGGACAUAUUAUCAGACAAAUUUCUUUUCGAGAUUCCAAAGCACAGUCGAAAUUUGCCACUUACAAAACGUGUUGUUCUCUCGGACAUUGCACGGCUGUUCGACCCUCUGGGGCUAGUAGGCCCAGUAGUUAUUGAAGCUAAAUUAUUCAUGCAAGAACUUUGGAAGGAAGGGAAAGACUGGGACGAUUCACUGAAUGAUAAUUACCAUCUUCGAUGGAUAAACUUCCGCAACAAUCUUAGUGAUCUAGCGAAGCUAGAAAUUCCACGUUGGAUGAUGACGUCAUUUACCAACGAAUGCACGGAAUAUCAUGGAUUUUGUGAUGCAUCAGAGCGAGCUUAUGGUGCAUGUAUCUACGUUCGCACAAUCUCGUCAGACGGUUCCAUAUAUGUACGCUUAUUGACUGCGAAGUCCAAGGUCGCCCCAAUUGGAAAAACUAAGAAGGACACAACUGUAUGUCUUCCUCGUCUUGAGCUUUGCGCAGCCCUACUACUUAGUCACCUUUACGAAAAGGUCCAAUCUUGCAUAAAAAUGAAGGUCAAGACCUUCUUCUGGACGGAUUCAACAAUAGUCCUCCAUUGGAUAUCCGGCAGUCCAUCUCGCUGGAAAACAUUUGUUGGCAAUCGUGUUUCCGAAAUCCAGCGAAUUACCGUCAACAGUGUUUGA